UGAGAGGAGACGCUCAGAAGUUUCACUCAACUCCACGUUGAGGCUCAAACAUUCAUCUCAGCAUCUCUUUCCGUCAACUUGUUCCACGCUUCUAUUUUUCUUUUUGUAUCGGAGAAGCCACGGCUCGGGUUCUCUCGUUAUUCCCAAACAACAAUGACUUUCAGGAGGCUGAGGAAGGUGAACUCCAGCGGGGUGGACGGAGGACCCGCAUCCCAAGACAACGACAUUUAUUUCCCUUCGUCAAAGUCGGACAGCUGCAGGACGCUGGAGCUCCCGGCCAACUCCUCGGAGGUUUAUAACUACAAGACCCUGGCUUACUCUGGAGGGACGCUGCCCAGAAAUUUCAAAAGGGGUGAGAGCUCACGAAAGUGGAAACCCCUAACGCAGCCCCCAGAACCACAAAGGAAGGUGGUGGUCUUGGAGAAAAAUGAAGAGGAGGCAUUUGGGUUUGAGAUUCAGACCUACGGCCUUCACCAUCAGGAUCAAAACUCAGUAGAGAUGUGUACGUUUGUGUGCAGGGUGCAUGACGACAGCCCCGCUCAGCAAGCAGGACUUAAAGUUGGGGAUACCAUCGCAAGUGUGAACGAGACCACCGUGGAGGGUUAUCUGCACAAAGACAUCGUCCAGCUCAUAAAGUCCUGCGGGAACACAAUCAGGCUGGAGACGGUUUACAGUGACUCAAUCCGAAAGGCUGAGCUGGAGGCCCGGCUGCAGUAUCUAAAGCAAACUCUUCAUGAGAAAUGGGAUGAGUAUCGCUCGCUGAUGGUGCAGGAGCAGAGGCUAGUCCAUGGUAUUGUAAUGAGCGACGCUGCUCUGUAUGAGUCGCUGGAGUCGGCAGGAAUCUACGGCAGCCUCGGCGCUCCCAGCCCCGCGGCUCAGAGGGCCCUACGCAGCAAUGGCAGCACCAGCAGCAGCGCCAGCCUCCUCAGCACAGCUACGGAGGACGACCCGCUCUAUCAAACCUGCCUCUAUCACUCAGAUGGAAAUGUAGACUUGAGCAGCACGGAAAAAAUCAGCGAGCAGCAGCUUUACCAGAGGCAGCAGCGUCCACGACCGAGCAGCGAGCUCCUCACUGUGACCAAAACUCACCUGACCCGCAGCGCCAGCACCCGCAGCUACGUGAGAGAAUCUUCGUCGGCGCCGUCCAUCGGCUCGGGGGAGAAACAGGUGGGAGGAUUCGGCUCGCUCCGCAGAAAACCCAAACAGAAGAGCUUCCGUAGGCGUCUCCUGAAGUUCAUCCCGGGUUUGAAUCGGCCACUGGAGGAGGAGGAGAGCAAACUGUGAGCGGCUGGUGUACUCAAAGACCAAAGGCAUCAAUGACAGUGAAACUAAACGGCCAAAGAAAACUGCAAACAGCCUCCAAAGAGUGAAAUGUGAGACCAAAGCAAUGCGGCCGUGCAGCCGGGACGACCAAACUGGACUUUUAUUUCACAGGUGUACAUAACUUUUUGCUUCGGCUUGUCUUGAUCUCUAAGUUAUUUAUUUAUUUUUACGUGUUCUACUUGUGUGGAAUGAAGAACCUUUCACUUUUUGUUCUGUUUUUUUUUUUUUCCUACGAGGACUUUUUUUUUUAUUUUGACAAACCUGUGACACAUUUAAUUGUGCAACAAUUUAAAAUGACCCUGUUUUGGAUCCUAAGAAUAAAUCA